UACAGGCUUACUGCCUUUAAAUGGGUCUUUGAUUUAGACAGAAGGCCAACAGUUUGAAGAUGAGGGUGUUAGUAAAUACCAUUGGUACCAGUUCUUGAUUGGUACUUUGUUUCAACCAUAGAGAUUUGAAAGGCAAAUUUGGCCUCAGCAAGGUUUGAACUUACUUGGAAGAAAUAUCUGAAUGAAUUUUUUUCCACUGAUAUUUUGUUUCUGGUCGUCAUCACUAAAUAGUGUAAUUUAGUAAAGUGAUAGUAUUAAAAUCAUUGUUGUUAUUUAGGUUUCAUAACUUUGUACAUAUUUGUGAUGAGGUGAUCUACUUUGAAACUAAUUAGUAAAAUUAAGCAGGAUGUAUUUUAGUCUGUAUAAUAUCUAUUUAAGCAACUUAUCAGACAAAUUAUUGCAAAUUCAUUUGAAAUCUCUGUCUGAUAAGUUUAUUCCACAUUCUAAUUGUAUUUGUAUAAGGAUUCAACUACAAGAACAGAAUUCCAAUAUCAUCUCCAACAUAGAAGUUUGGAUUACAAAUGAUUUUCAGUCUACCGUAAUGGACUAAUCAAGUUAAUUACCAUACAAUAUAAAUAUAUAUAUAUAUAUAUAUAUAUAUAUAUAUGUACUAAUACAAGCAUACACAUAUAUACAUUUCAACAAUCAACAUAUACACGUUAAACGUACUAAACUAUAAACUACCCACUUGUUUCAACAUGAAUGCAACCCAUUUGUCUGAUCCGGUUUUGAUUUCAAGAUUAAUUGUUUUUAGUAUGAUACCUUUCUUCCUAAUUGUGGGACUCGUUGGUAACAUAUUUGUGAUAUAUAUUUAUGCACGACAGUCCCAGAAAAGCAAUGUAGAAACAUUCAUCCUUGUACUGGCUGUUAUUGAUCUCAUUGGAUGUAUCUUUGGAAUGCCUCUGGAAAUGGCUGAACUUUAUCCUGCAAUUCAAUCAAAUUAUUUGUGUAAAUUAUACAAGUUUAUUGUCUUCACCUGUUCUAUCAUGUCAUCCCUCAUUCUUCUCACAGUUGCCGUUGAAAGGUUCAGAAAAAUAUGUCGUCCACAUGGAAAACAAAUUACCCAAAACCUACGCCAGAGACUUAUUGUUUCCAUAGCAAUAACAUCGGUCAUACUAAUAUUACCAGUUAUUAUCUAUAAUGAAGGUGUUCCCUUUACCUAUGAAAACAAGAUAUACAUGAUAUGUGAUUGUGACCUUAAAAGGUCAUCUGUCUGGUCAUAUACUCUAGUAGUCUUAAUUCUUCACGCUAUACUUCUCCUAGCCUUGACUGUACUCUAUUCCUUUGUUUGGAAAACUAUUACUCAGCGUCUCAGGAAAAAGCAAAGUAAAGAAGAAGCUCCCAGACAACAAGGAAUCAAUCACACCAUCAUUGUACUUGUCUCAAUCUCUGUUUUGUAUUCUGUCAGUUUUUUGCCGUUCCUCAUCUUCUUUGUCAUAUAUCCAUACUGCAAAGAUUCUAAUUUGUUGCAGAUCUUUAAAGUGGUUUUAUAUCGUAAUUGGAUACUAAAUUCCUCCUUAAAUCCCAUGGUGUAUGGAUUCUGCAAUAAAAUAUUCCGGAAAAGUUUUGUAAAUAUUUUUACUAGGAGGUAAAAUUAUUUUUGAAAUUGAGGAGAAAUUUUAGGAUUUGGUUUACACUACACUUUCAAUACAGAGGAAUUCUUUCAAGUCGAAGAAACAUUUUCUUUACUGACUAUUUCCAAAGAAGAAUACUGUUGUUGUUUUUUGUACAAUAUUGAAAAUAACUCAGUUUCAGGUAUUUUAUAAAAUAACCAACUUUCUCAUUAUUUUUAUGAUGUUUGGAGAAUUAUAUUUUCUUUCAUAAAAUUGGAAAAUUUUGAUUUCAAUCCAUGCCAGCAUGGAAAGCGGAUGUUAAAUGAUGAUGAUGAUGAUGAUAAUGAUGAGCCUUUUAAAAUAUGCCAUUUAUAUCCUUGAUCCAGUGCCGGUCAAAGGUAGGUUAGUAUCGGAAAGGUCUAUUUGAACACCAACAGUUUCUCUGUUACAUAUUUAUUCCAGUUUCUGUUGUUUUAUACUUUCUAUUAACCCAUAACUGUGUAUCUGAGUUCUCUUUUAAACUCCAAACUAUUUGGAUUCUACAGUUUCUGCAUUACAUAUUAAAUCUGCAUUAACAAAAUACUGGGAAAAAAAAUUGUUGCUAUUAUCACAGUCAUCAUCAUUAUUGCCACUGUCAUCAUCAUCAUCACUCUUACGUAAACUUUUCGUCCUUGAGUUUGUUGGUCAAGUCUUCCACACAGAAUUAUGUUAUUCCUGUCUUUGUAUCAACUUUUUUAAAUCACAGAAUUUUUAGACUGGCCAACCCAUGGAGAUCAUCAUUAAUAUCUACACGGACAUGUUACCUAUGCAUGUUAUAUGCUGCUAAUAAAGUAUUUACUUCUUUUGUGCAAUUCAUUUGUCAGAGAAAGGAUUUAAAAUUAAUCCCCUGUGCUUUUAGCAAUUCUAAUACAAUUUCAAAAAUAGCAAUUAAAAUUCUCUUUCAAUGAAAAUGUUUGAUAUUCUUUGCUGAGCAAAAAAUUAUUUUGAAACCCACCAACUCUUCAAUCUUUUAUUUUGCAUACAGCAUUAGCAACUUUUCUACUUAUUUAAGAAAUAAACACUUUUAG